AUGGUGCAUUACGACCUAAACCAAGAGAACAUCGGCACAACUGAACCAGAGGUCACAAGAAGACCAGGUGUUCAAACUGAACCAGAGGUCACAAGAAGACCAGGCGUUCAAACUGAACCAGAGGUCACAAGAAGACCAGGUGUUCAAACUGAACCAGAGGUCACAAGAAGACCAGGAGUUCAAAAAACAACCAGAGGUCUAAAAGACCAAGUGUUGACAAAACUAGAGGCACAAGAGGCCAAUAAAGUUUUGAAGAAAGCCAAAGGCUCUGGAAGCCAACGGCAAAUAGAUCUCGGAGUUGUGCCGACGAAAAAAGACCCGUUUGAGAGUCAGAAGCCGUGA